CUGGGAAUGUAAACACUGAAGAUGGCAAGUGAGACGUCGCCCCCCUAUUCAACCUGCUAAUUACACGAGAGGUUGUGUUGAUACAUGGGAUGAUGUGUUGCAGGGCAUUAAGAGACAUCAUGGCUGAAAGGAAAUUUACUCGUGGCUUGGGCAAGCCAGGAAUGGCUGCCCAAGUACGAGAAAAUGUGUCUCAGGCAGUGAAGGCAACAGCCACACAGGUUAAACCUAGAUUAGCAGACUCAAUAGACUUUGAAGAAUAUAUCACCAAAAAUAAGGUUAUGCUUAGUAAUGACCCUCUAAGGGAGCUACUGAUGUACCCUGUGGAUGACAUAACAUACUCAGUCGUCCCACGGGUAACAAGAACUCUACAGUCGUUAGCAGCUGUCUACCUAAAGGACGAAGUGACCAAUCCCCUUGUCCGACAGUGUCUCACAACCUACUCUCAGGACCUGACCACAAUCACGCACAAAUACCUUCCAUACUCGGGGUCUUACCUGCACUUACCAAGGCUUCCACGUGUAGAUGAUCUGAAGGAGCAAGUUUACGAAGUGGACACUGAUAUUGAACAGGGUGAUCUGGCAAUUCUGACGAAUGGUGAGAAUGUGUUGAAGAAAGGCUACCUUUUGAAGGGACCAGAAAGUGGGAAUGAAAAGAUCUUUGGGAAUUUCUCUUCAAAAACGUUUAAGAGGAGAUUUACAUGUCUGAGGCAAGAAGUUGAUGGAACAUACCUUCUGGAGUUUCACAAAGACGAAAGAAAACAGGAUUUGAAAGGCACAAUUGUUAUGGACUUUUGUACACAGAUUUCAAAGAAUCCCAGACGAGGAAAAUGCUGCUUUGAGCUCCAGAUGUGUGAGGGAGGGAAGUCCAUCUUACUUUCGGCCGAGAGUGAGGCUGACCUGGAGGACUGGAUGGACAAACUUACACGUGUAAUUCAUGCAGAUAAACCUCAGGAUGAAUCUAGAAUUGAGAGAGGUUCGACUCCUCCUCUGUCUAACUAUGGGACUCUUCGGGGCCUAGAGCACAGCCUGAAUCCCCAGUUGAUCAAAUAUGCCCAUGAGACAGACUUCUCUAUAGCGCAGGCUCGUAGGGAAGACAGACAUCAGCUCUUCACCUGCUAUCACAACCUUCCACGCACGGAAAGUGAAAGUGGCAGUGUGGAACUCAGAGAUGAGACGCUAAUUUGGCCCUACAAAGAAGAGUUUGGGACGCGAUUUCGAGUGCAUUUUGAGAGCAUAAGAUUCAAGUUGCAAGCACCACUGGACUCAGGGGAUGGUCCUCUGUCACAGCUGGAGCCAUACAUGACCUAUGCUGCCAUCUAUGAUGUGAGUCAGGGCUGCAAGAUCUCCGAAGACUUCCACUUUGACCUGAACAAUCCCAUGGUGCGCAACCUCCUACCCAAACCCAAGAAGAAGGGCGACGAGGCCAAAGAAGGGGCCGGGACCUUCCCCCUUUCCCUUGCUGGUGUUCCUGAAGAGUGGAUUGCACAUCCCAAACAGUCUGUGAUGAGUGUGCUGAGACCACACAGCGAUGUAUUUCUGGUAGUAAAGAUUGAGAAAGUGUUGCAGGGUUCCAUCAGCCAAUCUGUGGAGCCAUACCUAAAGAGUGUUGAUUCCAAGGGCAUUCAGAAGCUACAGAGAGUCAUCAAGACAUGCUGCCAGAGGCUAGGGGAGUAUCGUAUGCCCUUUGCCUGGUCUGCAAGGCCACUAUUCAAGCACAAUGGAAGCCUUGACACUGAGUCUGAGUUCCCGGCAAUCUACCGCUGUGAGGAAAAGAGGCUCGGUGAGACAGAAUUUGUGAAAAUGUUAGCUGAUUAUCGCAAACCAGAAAAGAUGAAUAAACUGACCAUCGUACCAGGAAGCAUCAAUGUCAAGAUCCUGCCCAUGGAGGUCACACUGCCAAAUUCUCUUACACCCACACUGGAGCCUGUCAAGCCUUUCCCAAACCCUCCAACACAUGAGCCCACUGUGGAAGUGCAGGAGUUCUCGGGGCGACACAUCGAUGAUAUCCACCCCUAUGUGAACUACAGUAACAACUUGUAUGUGUACCCUCACUUUUUAAAUUAUGAGAACCAGAAGAGCUUCAACAGAGCGCGGAACUUGGUGUGCACUGUAGAAUUACGAGACUCAGAUGCAGAAGGGGCCUCCCCCCUGCGUGUCAUCUAUGGCCGGCCAGGCUCAGGGGCACAGACUACACAGAUGGCCACUGUGGUACUGCACCACAAUACAUGGCCUGAGUGGGGCGAUGAAGUCAAGAUUAAGCUGCCCCACAACCUCACCUCGCAGCACCACCUCCUGUUCACCUUCCUGCAUGUGGCCAUUGAGGCGGCCAAGGCGGGCAAGAAGGACGUACCCGUGGAGACAGUUGUGGGCUACUCAUGGCUUCCUCUCUCAUGCAAGGGCAGGAUUGUGACGGAUGAACAGAUACUCCCUGUCGCUGCACACCUGCCUCCAAAGUACCUCUCCAUCGAACCCCUUGGCUUGGGGAAAGGGUUUGCUGGCCCAGAAGUGCGUUUGGACAGAAAAAAUGUGUUCAAGGUGUCGAUGCGCUUGGUCUCCACGGUGCUCAGCGGUGACCAGCACCUCCAUAACUUUCCAAUCAAGUGCCUCCUGUCUCUGUCUAUCACUCCUAUAACCAACAUCUAGUAGUGGCUAUGCUUACUGAACGCUGGUGCUGAGGUUGCGACAAAUGUGACACGAGUCUUGGUACAUGUCAUAGACCAGGUGUAUGAAGCUGGUCGAGAUGAUAUACUGAAUUCAUACAUAAAGUAUGUCAUGAACAUUUCAUCCCAUGGCCGCAAAACUAUUCACGAGGAAAUGUGCCGAUCCCUUGCCCAGCUUCUCCAACCUUCCAACAUGGACCAGUUGACCACCAACAAAAUCCUGAAGCACAGUCAGUUCUUCUUUGCUUUCAUCGCUCGCUCGAUGGCACUGCAUUUGCUCACCACAGCAAGAAUAAAGAUGGUUCGCAAUGAGAGGUUUAGUGAAGAGUACCAGGCAGAGGUCCGUUCAGUGGUUGAGCUGGUGGCCACUUACAUUGUGCAGCAUUACAAGGAGAAUCCGGUGGAAGCCAGAGCCGCUAACAUCGCACUGGCCCACUUCCUGAAGCGCUGCUUGAGCAUGAUGGACCGAGGCUACGUUUUCAGUCUGAUCAAGAUGUACCUCGAGCACUUUAGUCCAGGAGACCCCAUUGUGCUGCACGUGUACAAGUUCACCUUGUUGCGUGUGGUGUGCUCGCAUGAACACUACAUCCCCUUGAACCUGCCUGUGUUCAAUACUCCUAUCAGCGUUGAUCCCAAGAAAGCAAAGCUACGUCAUGGUACAGAUGAGUUUUACCUCAGCACAGACUUCUGUUCACAUCAUUUCCUGGUUGGUGCUUUGCUGAGUGAGGUUCGUUCUGCGCUUGGUGAAGUGGGAGAAGUCCAGCGCGUAGCCAUUGGUGUGCUGCGUGACCUGUUAGCGAAGCAUGCAUUUGAUGAUAGAUACCUACAGUCUGGUCAGCAGGCGAGAAUUGCGAGCUUGUACUUCCCUAUUGUGUCAGUGCUGCUGGAGAAUGUUAAGCGUCUGAGUUGGCCAGAUGUCUCGACCAACUCCACAGGUUCUGCCUUGAGAAGAAUGGAUCCCAGAGCAAGUGCUAGAACGAGAAUCACCAACAGAUCUGGUGGUGGCAGUGUGGAUAUGAGCAACUAUAGCACUCCAUCACGCAAGGGCUCAAGCCGCGUUGACGUGUCUAGCUUGGGCAUCCGGGCAGACCCCUCAUACCUGGCCAUUAUAGCUGGGCCAGGGGGGCUUGUGGCCAACCAGGUGAGCCUCGUCAAUGGACGGUCCAGCUCAAGCCUGGAGUCAGAGGACAACCCGCCUUCUGCCACUGCAUCGGAUUUACCUGAGGAAGACUUGGAGGAGGAAGGCUCUGAGGAUGUGAGGACUCACUCUAGGAACUUGAGUGUAGCAUUUGCAGGAGAGAGUGGCCCAGUGAGAUAUGAUAAACUGAGUCCAGCGGAAGUGCGUGAUUUGCUGUUGUGCUUCUUACAUACCCUUAAGCAUGUACCAGAAGCGCAUCUUGUAUCCUGGUGGGCGACAAUCAGUGUAGAGGCACUGGAGAAGUUUUUCACACUCCUUCAACUUUCACUUCAUCACUUCAAAUAUAGUGGCAAAAGACAAAUUGUGCGAGAGCAAGCCCCAAAGAGGGCCUCAACGCUACCAGCGAAGUUCCAGCCUCCAAACAUAGGCCAUAGGGUGUCGACUGCAACUGACAGCUAUAGUGUGAGCAGCCAUGAGGGUGAGGGGUGGCUUAAAGCACUACAGGAGGCCAACCUGGCAACAGAAGUGGGCCUCAUUAUCCUGGAUGUGCUUGGCAACUUUACCACACACUGCCGUGACAUUCUGACUUCUGAUGGGGCUGAGGCCAUCAUGCAACAGGUGUUCUCUUUGCAUCUGCUGUAUUUGCAGCUAGGCCAGUCAGAAACCCUGAUGAAGCAUGUGUUUGCCUCUCUCAGAGCCUUCAUCAAUAAUUUCCCGCGGACACUUUUCCAAGGUGAUGCGUCUCUUUGUGGAUCCCUCUGCUUCGAGAUGCUGAAGUGCUGCAACAGCAAGCUGACCAACUUGCGUCAUGAGGCGUGUGCGGUGCUUUACCUCCUUAUGAGGAGUAACUACGAAUUCACUAGACGGACGGGAAUCAAUAGGGUGCAUCUACAGGUAAUAAUCUCUGUAUCCCAGCUGCUUGGGGAGAUCAUAGGGCUGAACAACUCAAGGUUCCAGGAGUCCAUGGCCCUGAUCAACAGCUAUGCAUCGAGCGACAAGGCCAUGACUAAUACAGGUUUUGUAAGUGAAGUACGAGACCUGACGAAAAGAAUCCGUACAGUCUUGGUGGCAACGGCGCAGAUGCGAGAACAUGAGCGUGACCCAGAGAUGCUUUGUGACCUGCAAUACUCUUUGGCUGCCUCCUACGCAGCCACUCCUGAACUUCGCACCACGUGGCUCCAGGCUAUGGCCAAGCACCACAUCAAGAAUGGGGAUCUCUCUGAGGCUGCUUUCUGCCAGCUUCACAUAGCAGCUCUGAUGGCUGAGUACCUUCGACACCAGGGCAGUUUCCCUGAGGGAUGCCAGGUGUUCUCUAUUAUAUCAGAAAACAUCCCCCGAGAUGAGUCGAAUUUGAGGCUUGAUGCAGAUGUUGCAUGCUGCUCCCAGACUCUGCACUUCUACACUGGUCUAGUCGAUACAGUCUUCACUAUGGACUCCCUGAUCAACCAGCUCGAGGUUGCGGGCGGGAUGGUUGAGCGGGCGGAGAGGUUCGAGCUGCUAGGCAACCUCUAUCGGAUUCUCAUCCCCAUAUACGAAGGACGGCGCAACUACCCUGCGCUCGUCCAGUGCUAUUCUCAUCUGUAUCAGGCUUAUUCCCGAGUGGUGGAGGUAAAUGCUUCACAGAAGAGACUUUUGGGCCGUUACUAUCGUGUGGCCUUCUAUGGACCUAGUUACUUUGAGGAUGAAGCUGGCAAGGAGUACAUCUACAAAGAACCCAAAGUAACCUCGCUGGCAGAGAUUUCAGAGAGACUCUACCACCAGUACUGCGAUAAGUUCGGGAAAGAAGCCGUUAAGAUGAUCAUGGAUUCUAAUUCUGUUGAUGCUGAUGAACUUGAAUCACGCUACGCCUACAUCCAGGUGACACACGUUAAUCCCUAUUUUCCUGAGGAAGAACGGAACAACCGGCAGACAGAAUUUGAGCGCAACAACAACAUCAACACCUUCAUGUUUGAGACGCCCUUUACCCUGGAGGGGAAAGCCCACGGAAAACUGGAAGAGCAGUGGAAGCGGAGGGUUAUUCUCAAGACAGAUUACUUUUUCCCAUACGUGAAGAAGAGGAUUCAGAUUGUGGAGACAGAGGUGCUAGAAAUGUCCCCCAUUGAAGUUGCCAUUGAUGAAAUGGAAAGCAGAGUCAAAGAAUUGUUGGAAAUCAUUAAUAAACAUCCAACAGAUGUGAAGAAAUUGCAGUUGAAGCUUCAGGGCAGCAUCAGUGUGCAGGUAAAUGCUGGGCCUUUGGCUUAUGCAUCCACUUUCCUUGAGGAAACAAACUGCUCUUCGUAUCCAGUAAACCAGGUGUCUCGGUUGAAAGAUGUGUAUAGAGAGUUUGUAUGCACCUGCAAAGAAGCCUUGGACCUGAACAGUCAGGUCAUAAACAGUGACCAGUAUGAGUAUCAGAUGGCACUGGAGAGCAACUUCUCGGAGCUGCUUCAGUCACUGUCAUCAAUUCUGAAUGAACCCCUGCUGGCUGCUCAGAUUGCUGUUGACAGUUUGCUGAAGAGGUCGUCACAGCACUACCUGAGUAUGAUAAGUUCACCUGGGGGAGCCAGCAAUGCAUGAGGAGUGAUCUGAGGAAUGAUUACAUUCGUUUUUACCCUAAGGUUUUAAAGUUUGGUCGAAUCUGAUAAUGGAAUCUCAGACUCAACAGUGUGUCAGUGAUAUAUGUAUAGUUUUUUUUUUAAACAUUAGGAUGGAAUUGUAUUUUUAGUUAAUGCUACUUAUGAUAAUGUUUUUUUAAUGGUACACAUCAAUUUUUGUUUUUUUCUUUAUUAUUAUUAUUUUUUGUAAGUAGAUGUAUUUUUAUGGAAACAAUAUUUUCCUUUUAGUUCUAUGAAAGUAUUUCAUAAUAGCUCCGUGCCAUGUAUGUAUUUAAAAGUUUUGCUAGCUUUUUGAUGUCAAGAUAUGUGCCAUUGUGAUAACCAGUGACUAAAUGUGAUUAGGUGUUUAAAGUGUAAGCAGUGUAUCAUAUAUUUUUAUGUGGAGGGUAUUAAUGUCUGUGAACAACCCCAGUAUAUAUAUAAAUAUAUAUAUAUAUAUAUCUUUUUACAGAGACUAUAAAAUGUAAUUGUAAAAGACAAUACAGUAGGAAGACUGAUUCUAAAAUGUUCUUAUCUCUCUGGUAGAAAUACGCUGUUUUCAUGAUCAUAUAGGUACUAAAUAGGAUUUGCAUUAUUAAUUGUUAUGUCAUCUUUAACUGAUGCCGUGGUAAAAACUCUGAGCUCUGUACUUAAAGAAAGAAAGAAAAAAAAUACUAUUGAUAUCUAGUGAGGCAUAAAUAACACCUUAUAUCUUGUGAUCAACCCCUGGAUGAAACCAACUUGGAAGUCCCAUCUCAAUGCUGCAUAAAGGAAAGCUUCAGUUUUGCAUGUUAAUUCACUUCAAGCCAGUGACCGUGAAACUUGUCUUUACAUCUCAUGUCCCAUACCUCUCUUUUAGGAGAAUAUGAGUCUUUUUAUCCUGGGCUUAACAGUGGGAGAGAGUUCUAUGAGGCUAAGAUGAGGCCUAAGAAUCUCUGUUAACUUGAGUUCAUUGCUUUUACUUCAGCAUGGCUCAACUGAUCAUAGAGACCAUAUAUGAGCUCUGUGAAUUUUGUCCUUAAUGACUGUAGAAUGGAAUUGCUCCCCUAAUUUUUUAGAUUUAUUUCUUUUUAGUUGAUUCUUUUACUGUGAAUAUUUGUCAACUCAAGUUGUUUUGGGUUCAAAGGUGGUAUAUGUUCACUGAUAAGAGUUAGAGAUUUUUUUUUCUGUAGAACAGAAGACCACCAUUUUAUGAUUUAUCUAAAGAUUGUCAAAAUUGCAUCUAAAGGGGCAGCAUGUACUAGAAAAUUAAUACAUACCGAAGGGGUUAAGUAUUUACAUGUGACUCUAUAACCUGAGAUGACAUAGGUCAUCUACAGAAUCUCAUCUACUGAACAAAAAGUAAUAUGAUACUUGAUGAUUUCAGGUACAGAAAUAAGAGCGUCUUUUGCAAUAUGCUCUUCCAGGAAUGGCAAUAGUGACCAGUUUUUUUGUUUUUUUAAGUACAGGACUGAUAAGAUAGGGAACGUGAUUUUUUUUAUAGUGUUAUGGAUGAUAUGAAUAUUUAUAUACUUUUUUUAUUUUAGCUUUAGAAAUUUUACUCAUUCAGUUCAUUGGUUAUCAGACAUAUUAAGUGGAGUUUGUUGAACAUUGAAUUAGGAAAUAUGGCUCUAAGUAUAUAUGCACAAUCUGUUAACUAAGUGUGACAGCUAAAGUAUGUUGUAAAAAUCAGUAUGAAAAUUGAUGUGUGUGUGUGUGUGUGUGUGUGUGUGUGUGUGUGUGUGUGUGUGUGUGUGUGUGUGUGUGUGUGUGUGUGU